AUGCUGGUGUGCGUCAACGCAGACAGGACAUGUGAGGGCAAAGCCCGAGGUUUGGUAGGGGAGGGCCAGUACCUGUACCUAGGAAAGGGUGGGGUGGGGUCAGCCGUGGGUGCUGUCACCAAGAUUAGAUCAAGAUGGAAAUUGAAACAAUUUAACAAUAGGCUACGGCUGCAUUGGAGAAAAGAGAUCAAACUCCUGUCAGACCUUGCAUACUGUGGUUUAACCACAUUCUCAGGGUACCAGAUGUGGGGCGAAGAGUAUGUCAAUAUCAUCCAGGUGGACCCCACCCUGCGUGGGGCACCGUCCUGUGCCAGACAAGGAGCCCAGGAGUAUCUCCACAGCCUGUUUCCCUACCUGCUGGACAAGUUGCUGGUGUGCCUGGAGAAUGAGCUGGAGAUAAGGGAGGAAAGCCAGGGAGGGGGAGGCCGGAGAGCAGAAGUGGCCAGUCCCUGGAGCUGGAUGAGAGGCUGGGUCCAGAGGGUGGUGGGGCAGCUCACGGAACCCCAGAGGAGGAUGUGCAUGCUGGUCUUGUUGGCCCUCCAGCCGGCACUCUCCAUCAUCCACCGGUUGCACGUGGCCCUGUUUUACAUCAGCGGGGCCUUCUACCACCUGGGGAACAAGACGGCCAGCAUCCGCUAUGCUCCUGGGCGUGGUCUCCCUGCUGCAGCUGGCCCUCACUGUGGCCCUGCAGCUCAACAACCUCCGAUAGAGAGCCCAGCAGGAGUGGAGACAACACAGGAACCUGCCUUCCAGGUCUCCAGUCUGUAGAAGAGCCCAACUCACCCUGUGCCUCUCGCUGUAUCCUGUGAAUAGAGGAGAGGAGGCACUCGACCUCUACCCCAUGUGGCCACUUGUUCUGCUGGGAGUGCAUCACAGAGUGGUGUAACACCAA